AUGGAUCCAAGACAGCACCAUGGGCAACAACACCAGCAUCAGCAACCCCAUCCUCCCGGCAGCAAUCCCUUUGCGCGCAACCCUGCGUCGCCGCCUGCACAAGGACUAGGACUAGGACAACCUCAGCCUCAACCUCAACCACAACCACAAGGACAAUACGGCCGGUCGCCUUUUCCGCCUGCAGCUUCCAGCUCCAGCUCCAACCCCAACCCCAAUCCCAACUCCAAUCCCAACUCCAGCUCGGCGACACCAUCGCACUACCCACCUGCGUCGCAUCCACAAUCACAUCCCCCACCGUCCACGGCGAGUCCUGCGACAAGCGCAUAUGGAGGCCCUCCAGAUCACCAACGACGACCUUCAUCCGACUCCCAUUCCUACUAUCCACACCAACCGUCGCGCCCGCCCUUCGCAGGCCCCGAGCCCAUCUCACAUCCCGCCCAGACUCACUCCCGACACCAGAGCUCGUCUUCAAUAGGAGGAGGACCACUGAACCGCAAUAUGGGGCCUCCCUCAGAGCAUCCCCAGCAGCAACCGAUGGGCUCUUACGGAUCUCAACAGUCCGCCUCUGGCCCAAGGCUACCGCCCCCCAGUCUCGGCCCGUCGUCUGCCUUUCCUUCGAGUCGAGAACUGCCUUCGUUGAGUGGAUUGGCCAGGACAGGCGCUGCCGGCAUGCCGCUCUCCAACAUGCUUGGCGGACACGCCGCUCAAAGAGAACCAACGCCCGGCAAUCAUUCCGCGCAUCCUGCCUUUCCGCCUCCUGCUUCGGGCCCCGGCCCUAAUGGUCCUGGCCCUGGCCCUGGCCCUGCGUAUGCCACCGCGGUUCAGGCAUCGCCUAGGCUGCAGAACGCCGUAGCUGAGUAUCCUCAGUUCGCCCGACGUCCUGACCGACCCGAGACACCGACAAACCAUGCGAGACCUUAUGACCCGAGAGACCAGCGAGGUAGUGCAGCUGGAUCUCCACCACAGCCAUAUCACGGUACUCCUGAGCUGUCGACUAGAUACGGCACCCCUCAAGCACACCAGACACGAGGUCCUCCCAUGCCUCCCUACGACGACAGAAGGGAUCAGAGUGGUCGUAUAUCUGCUGGAAGUCUACCUCCUAGACCGAGCAGCCAGCCCAGAGCUUACGCCAACAGUGGUCCGGGACGACCUAUGGAGAUGGGACGGGGACCCCCUCCCGGUGAACCGUAUUUUGGACCGCGUAGAGAAGAAAUGAGGCCCGGUCAGGCCGAAUACAACCCCGAAGGCCCUCCUCGGCACAUGUUCGAAGAUCCACGGCGGGCCAUGGAGGAGCGCGAAUACCGCGAGCGCGCCGAGCGAGAAGCGCAUCACCGCGAACGAGAGCACAUGGAAAGAGAGAGGUUGGAGAGGGCGCACUUCGAGGAGCAGCAACGACUACAACAUCACCAACCUCCUUUCAUGUCAGAACGAGAACACAUGGAGCACCCCAGGGAUCCCCGAGAUCCUCGUGAUGCGCCUGGUUGGCAACUACGCCCAGGCUACGAGCAGGCUCCCCCAAGAGGGCCAUAUGAUCCUGGGUACGGACCACGUUCGGGCCCUGCUGAACAUGUCGCGACGGCUGCUCCCCCAUAUGGACCAUAUCCUGCCCAUGCGCUUGCACCUGGCGAUCGUUUCCCGCAAAGCGGCCCUCCGCCUUCGCACGCCGUCCCUACCAAUCAACCCGAGAGGAGGCCGCAAUCUUUCGACUCCCCGGACAGACAUAGAUUUACCACACACAUGCCUGUCCAUCACCCCCAACAGCACCCGUCCCAUCGCGGGCGACACGAAGAAGAUGGGCCUCCACCAUCGGGACCGUACAACGGCGGACCCGGCGCUGCCAUGCAUGAAAUCCAGCGCCAACAGCCCCGGCCUUUGGACGAUGGGCAUCCUGCUCCGCCCUUGGCUCGCCAGCCAAGCAGUGGUUUCUUGGCUGUUGGGGAGAUGAAUCGCAAGGGCCGCAUCUCCCCACUGCCCCAGGCUGUGCAGGGAGCCCAACCACAAUCAAUCACUCCUUCCGGCGAGCCUGGAAUCAAGAGCGAAUUCGGCCGCAUGUUUUCCGGUAUAGGAUCCGGUGCUAGCGGCUUCGGUAUGCCCAGUCCAGGACCGGCUCAUCUUCCCUUCACAAACGCCAGUCUCGCUCGUCGUGAUGAUGUUGAGCCGCCUCCUCCCGAGGUGACCGCAGACCCGCCGCCGAAGCGCAAACGGCAGAGGAAGCCCAAGAACGAGGACAAGGAAGGUGAUGAUGAUAGCACCGGCGGCCAGACUCCUGCUGGGAGAACGACCAAACGCGCCAGGACCAGCCAUGCUAGUCAUGCUCAUCACCACCAUCAUCAUCAUCACCAUCAUCAUCACGGGCCCGAGAGAACUGCUUCUCCACUGCUCGCAGGCGGCACACCACUCAAGAACGUGAAAUCAGGCACGCCUGUUCUGUCUCCCACCGGUCUUCCGAUGACUCAUAAUCAUCAGAUCCCCAGGUCGAACAACAGUGUGGCUCCCACGAAACAAGUAGUACAGGCUCCGGUCGUUGUCCCGAAAACCAAGAAGACAAUCGACUCCCAGCUGGUGCUCAAUAGCGUCGCCCACAAACCUCGCAAACAUCUGGGCGACAUACUCUACGACCCCGAGAUCAAGGCAGAUCAUUUCAGAACACAUUCGAAAGGCGGCUUCAGAACUAAGCCGAAGCCUCUGCCCAGAAAUGUGAUAUUGGACAAUGAAAACUCUACCUUGACAGUCAAGGUCCACCGCAGGCAUCUGGAACCCCACUGCCGAGAAGAGGUCACACGAAACCGGUCCGUGUGGGGAACGGAUAUCUACACGGACGAUAGUGAUGUCGUCGCUGCUUGCAUACAUGCAGGGUGGUUCCGUGGAGAGUGGCAGGAGGGCGUCGAUAUCGGUCUGCUCGAUCUUGAGCGCCAGCCGCCCAAGACUAAAGGUCGGGGUGGGAUGGUUGCUGAGAAAGGACCUCAGGAUCUCUUGACCGCACCUCCAGUGACGGGACCCAUGCAUGUACCAGCCGACCGCGACCUGCACGUAACGAUCCUGGUCUUACCCAACCUUGUCAAAUAUACUGGUACCACGAGAUUUGGCAUCAUGAGUCGCGAGUUCGGCGGUUCGUACAGAGGACGGAAGAGCGUCCAUGACGGUCUGAGCUUCAAGAUCGAGCAGAUACGCUGGGUGGACGGAGCUGCUCCACAGAGCAGACUGAGGGGCAAGGCUCGUCGUGAGCGUAUUCGCAAAGCAAUGAGCGAGGUCGACAGAUCACAGGUCAUCGACAUUGGAACUGGCAAGAAGGUUGAAAAGUCGACAGAAAAUACAUCUGUCAGUGGAGACACCGACAAGGAGAACCGCCUUACCGCGGUGGAGAGCCCCCCAGUCGUCAAUGGCAACCGAGACGUGAAAGACAACACAGACACAACGCAGGAAAUCCGGGAACCCAGUGGUGAUAUCGACAUGCAGGCUAUGGAAACAGAGAAGCCAACCACUGCCGAGCCUGAAGCUGUGAAGGCAUCAUGA